AGCGGCGCCUUUGUUGGAGAAGGUGUACUUCGAGAACUGCCCGGGUUGUAAGCAGGAGAAGAAGAAGGAUGCCAACCCAGGGAUACCCUACAAAGAGUUCGCCUUUGUGUGGAUGGUCACGCUCUGCACCGGGUUCCGUGGGAAGUUUGGCAUGCGAUAAAUUUUUUCAGAUGAUGAAUGAUGGAUGGGUAAGAAUGGGACAAGAGGUUGCAGUCAUCCAAUAAUUUUUUUUAGAAAAAGCCCCUACAUUCUUUCAGAUUCUAUUUCGAACCAUUAAAAAAAAAUAAAGAUUUUCCUUCGGUCACUUUCUUUAUUAUUAAAAAAAGAGUAAAUUAUACUAAUCUCCCUCAAGGUUUGGGGUGAUUAUAUUAGCCCUUUAACAUUUCAGAAAUAUGCAAUAUCCCCUCCUAAAUCCGUUAAAGCAGAUGACUACGUUAUGUUUUUCAUUUUUGGGGCAUGUUUCUUUUUGCCCUGGGACUUCAAUUCCUCAUUAACAAUAAAAAUAUAACAAAUAACAUGAAGCAAAUGUAAAAAAGGAAAUUAACAGUUUGUUUUUGUUCUUCAAAGACCACAAUCUAAUAAUCUACUUUUGAACUUCAAAUACCACAAUCUACAACCAAGUGACUCUGAUACUUGAAGUGCUGCACUUUGUUGUUGACAAGAAAUUUUAGCAUCAUUCAUGGUAACAUUAGCUUCUUUAUAUCAUUAUGUACAACAUUACGAUGAUUUUGAGACUUUGAUUUGAGAUCAUCAUGAAUUCUCACAAACAAACUUCAUAUUUUGAAGAAAUAAAUUAAUGCUCGUGAGAUUGGGUAUGUGGAACUUAAUGGUUGGGGGUUGUGUUAUGCGUAUGGCAAAAGUUUUUUUUUUUUUUUGAUGAAAACAUGUAUUAAAAAAAUUGAAGUAGUGAAAUCUAUAUUUCUGAAACUUUGGGUGAGAAUCUAUAUAUAAUUCCUCCAAACAUUGAAGGAGGUUAGUGUAAUUUAAUCAAAACGAAAUCAAGUCUUUCUUAUUCAACAUUUUUUUUUAUGGAUAAGAAAGGGAGAUGGAUGGAUGCCUGCUCCCCACUCCCCAUAGAAAUCAAAAAGUGAAAUAAUGAUCCCCAAGAUUUUUUUUAUAUGUAGAUUGUGAAAAGACGAAUACCAUCAAGUUAGUGAAGGUGUUGGUGCUGGAUAUGGGAUUGAAUUUUGCCCUCAUCAAAAAAACUUAAGACGCGUUUGGAUCGCGGAGAGAAAAAAAAAGAAAAAGUAUGGUCAACGAAAAAAGAAAGGUCACUUAUUUGGUUGGAGUUUUUAAAGAAGAGAGAUGGAAGAGUAACAUUUUCAUAGGAAUAAUUGAAUAAGAUUCCUGUGUUUUAUGAAAAAGAAAAAUCAUAAAGAACAUUAGAAAGCUAUUUUCUUACCGAUUAGAAAUUGAGAUUUUUUUCUUUCAAAACUACUCUUAAACCAUCAAAACCUAUAAAUAAAGUUUUUUUCUUUAUUAAGAGUAUAAUAAAUAUUCCAUACAACUUUCUUAGGAAGUAGAUACUCAACAAAACAUAAGCCACUUUGGAAUGUACCACUUUUUCAUGAUCAACCAAAUAUGUUAAAAUUAUUUUUUCAAGCAUUAUAUUUUCAGAAAUUAUCUUUCUAGAAAAAAUAUUUUGAUGAAAAAAAAAUUUUCACGCAAAAACUAUGCACCUUUCUUGGGGUCCACCAAAUGAUGAUCCUACAAGCCAAUUGAUGGGGAGUGGAACUAGGUGUCUGGAGCUGGAUGCUAAUAAAUCACAAAAUUUGUGCCAUCAGAUGGAGAGAUUAUACCCUAUACUGCAUGCACUAUAUGGUUGCAAACAAUUAGAGCUGCUCAUUCCUAUAUCGAUGCACUGAAAUCAGAGCUUGAUGAAUGAACCCUAUAAAAAUAAAUGGUUGUGAUUGCCUAUGUAUUCGGCUAUAUAAUGCAUGCAGUGUAGGAUAUUAUUUCUCCAUCAGGUGAACACAACUCAUGUGAUUCCUAACAAUUUGGACUAAUAUUAUUAUACUACCUAAAAAUAUUUUUGGAAAGAUGGAAAGCGCUUCCUGCUCCCAAACAUCGCCAAACAGAACCCAAGAGUGCGGCCCAAAAAGUUAUCUUGUCGCUUCUGUUACAAGAUGGUUCCACGUGUAGGAAAAGAACGGCAGAGCUCAAACCCGCAGAGAAAUUUCUAUGCUGUGUACUGUGCACAGAUUUGCACAGACCGCGACGGCGACCGGAUCCCGUAACCGACCGGGGAACCGAACAGCGAGCCCACUCUCUCCUCCGGAGUUCUCGCCGCCACGUCCCUCAGUCCCUCGUAACCGUAUGGGGCCCAACUAGUGCUUGUUGUUUGGAAAGUUGAAACUUCAAGAUUGCGACACGUGGCACGGAGUUUGCUGUGGUACGUGGGUUGGGCCGAAGCUACAACAGAAAAAUUUUUAGAUUCCCAUAUGGGACCCACGCCCCUAAAUAUGGCGGGCCCGCAUUCUUUUCCCACGUGGCUAUCUCCUUACCUUGAUACGUGUCUCCAUGCACCCGGUCCUUUUCCUAUCGAACCGGGUCCGGGUUCUCCUCGUCUGCCACUUAAACGACAUUCUAAUUCACCGUCGGACUCGCCGUCUCCUCACCGUCCGUGCCCUCACCGCCUCGUCUUGGACGUGCAAAGAAGGCAGACACAAGUCCGGCUCCAACGUCGGAAGGUUACGCGACUCGCUCCCUCUCUGUUGGUUUUUAAAUAGCACGAGACCCGAAAAGCAGGUUCGCCGAAUCCGAGCUCGAUGGUAGAGACAGGCGGGGGAGUUCCGUUUCCUCUUCUUCGAUAGUUUCUUGGAAAGCGAUUGAAUCGAAGGCGAUGGUGUUGAAUUGAAUUCGAGGUGGUGGGGAGGAGUUGGGCGUGGAGUUUGGCGAGGCGGGAGGGGGUUUCUUGAAAGGCCGAAGGCUUUGUUCUCUUAAAACUCCGAAGGAGAUGGCGGAGAACAGAGCCCCGUUGUUGGAGAGGAUGAUGUACUACGAGAGCUGCCCCGGGUGUAAGUUGGAACGGAGGAAGGAGGAGAGAAGAGGGAUACCCUACAAGGAGUUUCUUUAUGUGUGGAUCGUCACGCUUUGUACUGCUUUACCCAUAUCGAUACUGUUUCCAUUCUUAUAUUUCAUGAUAAGAGACUUGCAUAUUGCCAAAAGGGAAGAAGAUAUUGGAUUCUAUGCAGGUUUUGUAGGAGCUUCAUUUAUGUUCGGGAGAGCUUUGACUUCUGUAUUUUGGGGACUGGUGGCUGAUAGAUAUGGGAGAAAACCUGUUAUUGCGAUUGGCAUAUGUGCUGUGGUCAUAUUCAACACUCUUUUUGGGCUAAGUGCAACUUACUGGAUGGCAAUUACUACAAGAUUACUCCUUGGAUCUUUAAAUGGUUUACUUGGUCCAAUAAAGGCUUAUUCUAUAGAAGUUUGUCGAGCAGAGCAUCAAGCUCUUGGAUUAUCACUUGUAACAAAAUUCUGUAUAUGUUGUUUAAUCAAAUAUAUUUUGUAUCUCUCACGAAUGCAUAAUUUAGGUAUUCUGGCUGUCUCCUUUCAGGUCAGCACAGCGUGGGGUAUAGGUUUGAUAAUUGGCCCAGCAAUUGGAGGCUUCUUUGCGCAGCCUGCAGAAAAAUAUCCUGAUAUAUUCUCCCAGGAUUCCUUUUUUGGGAGGUUCCCAUACUUCUUGCCCUGCUUUUGUAUAUCGCUCUUUGCAGUUGGUGUGUUAAUUCUAUGCAUAUGGCUUCCUGAAACUUUGCAUAUGCAUAAUGUAAACAAAAUGCAAGAUGGAACAAUUGAAUUUCUUGAGGCUCCAUCAUGUGGAUCUGGUCUAAAAGAGAAUGCCAAUGAAAGUGAAGAAAGAGCUUCUACAGAAAACCUAUUCAAGAAUUGGCCAUUGAUGUCAUCAAUCAUUGUUUAUUGUGUUUUCUCCCUUCACGAUAUGGCCUACACCGAGAUAUUCUCUCUAUGGGCCGUUAGUGAUAAAAGUUAUGGUGGAUUGAGCUUUUCAAGUCAGGAUGUUGGUGAGGUGCUUGCAAUCUCAGGUUUCAGUCUCCUAGUAUAUCAACUAUUUCUAUAUCCUUCACUCGUGAAAUUACUUGGACCCAUCAUAUCGUCCAGAGUCGCAUCAGUCUUAUCUAUACCUUUGCUUGCUGCUUUUCCCUUUAUGACAAAACUGUCAGGACUUAGGCUUUCACUGAUAGCGAAUUGUGCAUCGUUGCUGAAGAACAUUCUUUGUGUAACUAUCAUCACUGGGUUGUUCAUUUUGCAAAACAAUGCUGUGCCUCAACACCAAAGAGGAGCUGCAAAUGGAAUUGCUAUGACUGGAAUGUCCCUAUUCAAAGCAGCUGCUCCGGCAGGUGGAGGCAUCCUGUAA